AUGAACUUUAUUAACCAGCUGUUGGCGGACAGAGCUUGACAGUAUUCUCCGCGGUUGUGAUCUGUGAAUUGUUCUCCUCUUUCGCUUUCCUAGCGGGGUUGUAGUCCGUCUAUUCGACGAUGCCGAGCAAGAAGAAGAAGUACAACGCUCGCUUCCCGCCGGCAAGGAUCAAGAAGAUUAUGCAGACCGAUGAAGAAAUAGGCAAAGUUGCUGCAGCUGUUCCUGUCAUAAUCUCUCGUGCACUUGAGCUGUUCCUUGAGUCUCUGCUGAAGAAAGCUUGUCAGGUGACCCAAUCUCGAAGUGCAAAGACCAUGACUACUUCACACCUGAAACAAUGUAUAGAACUUGAGCAGCAAUUCGACUUCUUAAAGGACCUUGUUGCCACUGUCCCAGAUAUGCAGGGAGAAAAUGAAGACAAUCACACAGAGGGGGAGCGGGUGUCUCGGAGGGGUCGAAAACCGGGCAACAGUCGAAAAAAUGGAGGCACUGCAAUGAAAGGAAAGGACAAAAAGCAAUCCGAAACAGAUUCUGAGCAAGAGGAGGAUUCUGAAGGCACGGAGACAGAAGGCGAAGAAGAAAUGUGUCCUGCCCCAGCUGCAAAUAUUCAGUCACAAGCCUCAUUUCAAAGUACUCCUCCAGCUCCAUCCUUCCUACAUUUUCAAUCUGUACCAGUCAUGCCCUUGGCACCUGCUGCUCUGCCCUCUUUGCCAGCUCCAUCGCUGCCUGCUGGCUGUAAUGAGGAGGAAGAUUAUGACUCGUAGCCUCUGGACAAACCAAUUCAAGUUCCGUUUUCAUUUAUUACUUAUUUGGUUUUGUUCUUUUAUUUUGGUUUUUAAAUUGGGCCUAGAUGUCCUGGAUGGGAUGGGGGUGGGGGGAGGAUAAAUGUGUUCUUAAGUUUAUUAAAAAAGG